UCUGUGCGCAAGAAGCACUCAAGCUCAGCAAGGACCUUAGCCCUACCUUACAACACCAUGGUGCCUCUCCUUGUGCUCUGCCUUCUUUCGCCACUCUUAGUUGCCUCUGUGGAUCCACCCCUUAAGUGCCAACAAGGAACUGAAGGUUCUGAGGUUUCAGACUGUGCCAGUGGUUUGAAUGCCUGCGUGGUCAUCAAGGACGAGAGCACAAUGUUUGGGGUCAAGUUUACUACAACAUUCUAUACAUGUGGGAAAAAUGAUUCUUGUGCCAAUGCUUUUACCAUCACCAUAGGAGACGGGAAACAUUUGCGCUCCAGCUCCGCUUGCUGUACUGAAGAUGGGUGCAACAAAAACUUAGAUUGGGGAAUUCUCCCAACUACUUGGACUGAGAAUGGGUACACUUGUCCAACUGGAUGUUAUGCUCAGACGGAGGAGAAAUGCAAGGGUGGACAGGUCUUGUGCACAGAUGGUCAAAUGAAUUGCAUCAGUGCAACAGGAAGCUCUGGUGCCAAGAAGUUCGUCCUGCAUGGUUGUGGAACAAGCAAUAUGUGCGGUGUAGAGAACUAUGAAGUGACAAUUGCAGGAAUCCCCUACAAAAUAGAUAAAAUAUCAUGUGUCGAUGCCAAAAAGCCAGCACCAGCUGCAAAAGCUUAACCAGCCAGAAGUUCUGCAUCAGGCACAACUCAGAGACCAGCCACAACUAAAACAACAACAAAAUCGAGUGACAACCAUAUCUUGGGGAAGAGAUUCUUCCUCCUCCUGCUACCUAGUAUCUCCAGCCUUCUCUUUAUGAAGUUUCUCUCCUGAUCCCUCUCUCAAUGCCAGCCACCUCGAAGGAUUCAUGCCAUGAGCAUUUUGGCACUGAAAUGGACAGAUCUGUCAAAUUACAGUGCUAUUAAGUUUCUCACUUUUUUAACCUUAAAUUCAGUUCUCGACAUUUCUAUGGCAAUUAGCUUCUUAAAAAAACUAUUGCAAAUCUGCUCACAUUUUAGCAUGGACUUACCCUAAUAAACACAGCGUUUACAUGCAGUUUGAGCAAUAGACACAGAACAUUUUUAUCCGUAAUAUAUGCACUUUCCUCACAUAAAUACAUUUUUGUAUACACUGUUUGGCUUAUGAACUACAUUGCAAAAUUAUGAGAAACGUGAAAUUUGAAGGCUGAGUUUUAGGUUGCAUAUUGGUCUGGAAAGUGCAAAUGAGUUAGUUUCUCAUUAACAUGCAGACAAAAUUGAAUUUCUUCCUCAUCCUGAUUUGAGUACCACAAUACU